UAUGGAAAUGUUAUGAAGAUUAAAACCAGUGGGGCAUCAGCAGCAACUGCCUGUCAGGAUGGUAAGCGCGCCUCCCGCCAGCUGGCUAAAACAGAUCUUGAGAGGAUGAACAAGUACAAAGACACCAUCAUAAAUGUUGGACGUGACACCGGUGUGGAUCCAGCUGUCAUUGCUGCUGUCAUAUCCAGAGCAUCUCGGGGUGGUUCUGAGUACGUACUGGUGAAUGGUUGGAGUGCCAAUGGUGAUAUGUUUGGAUUAAUGCAGAUCGCCAAACAGUGGCACAAACCGAUGGGUGACUGGGACAGUGAGGAGCAUAUCAAACAAGGCACGGGCAUCCUCACUUAUUCAAUAGGAAUCAUUCAAAAUAAAUUCCCCAAAUGGACCAAGGAACAGCAGCUCAAAGGUGGACUUGCAGCUUACAAUGCUGGAGCACAGAAUGUCCAUCAGUAUGAAUCUGUGGAUGAAAAUACCAGUGCGAAGGAUUACUCAAAUGAUGUAGUGGCAAGAGCUCAGUUCUACAGAAAACAUGGCUUCCACGUCUAAACC